AUGUUCGAAGUCUACGUGGACAGGCCUCCGGUCACACCAACGCCCCCUCCGCUCGCGUCUAGCUUGGUGAAAACCAAGCUCACGAUCAGCAAGCAGCAGCUCGGCGAUGAGGAGGUCACUCUUGCUCCUCGACUUAGCUUUGCGUCCUUUGCCGGGCUCAAGGCCCAGAUCGAGGACUUGGUGCCGUCACUGGCAGGGUUCGAGGAGGGAAGGUGGUGCCUGCUUUCGGUGCAGUUCUGCGACGAUGAUUUCGACCUGGUUGAGCUUUUACCGUCGACGUUUGAUCCCAGAGACUUCGAGCACGUUCAACACAAGGUCUACCUCCGGGCUACGGUAGGCGACAAGUCCAGCGGGGCCACCGCCGUAACCCGGCAGCACGUUUCAGCCCCGCUCCCUCCCUCUGUAGCCCACGGAAAGAAGGCAGGGCCAAUGGCGGGUAGAGCGGCAGGAGCACCGCCGCGGCGUGCGCUGGCAAGUCGAGACGAAAACGUUCUCCGCGCUGCUGCUGCUGCUGCUGCCCCGGCAGGAGGUGGCGGGCGAGAAGGCUCCGCACGGAAGAAGGCACUACCUGCUGCUGCACCGGCUGCGGCAGCAGCGACAGCGACGCCGAGGGCGGCGGCGGCAGGAGGAGCUGCCGUCAGAGCAGCGCGGCCGCCCCCGCCGACAACCUCGCUGAAGACCAAGAGAACGAUGCCCGCGACGCCACGCCAUCAUCAUCAGCAGCAGUGCUCGCUUCACCCCGCGUCGCCGAAGGUUGCUACCCGGGGAGCAGGGCGCGAUCCCGCGUACGUGUUCAAGGCGGGAAGGCUUGGCAACAACAGUACUACGGGCGAUGGCCCCAGCAACAGGGAAGGUCGCGACGGCGCGAGGGGGAGCUCGUCGAAGCCGCCGCUGCCCAGCGGCAGGGGGCAGCGUAGGCCCACCGCCGUAGCAGCGGUGGCGGGCGGUGCAAAGAGGCCCGGCUGGAACAGCGGGAAUGAGCCAGCUUGGGAAGAGGCGGAGCGAAAGAAAGCGGCCAUGCGAAAAGCGGCGAGAGCGCGCAUCCUCGGCAAGCGGGCCGCGGCCGCCGCGAAGCAGGUCAGGGGAGGGGGGAAAGGGGAUGGCGGAGGUGGGGGAGGAGGCCGGAGGGUGUUCAGGCGGGCGAGGCGUGAUUGCCUUGUGACGGAUGCACGGCGGAAGAGACUCGGCGCGUAUGUUUUCUGUGAUCCAAUCGGGGCACCGCCGCCCUCCCUCGGCAAGCGCAGGCUGGAGGCCUACCGAGAGCUCGGGCGGGCUGCCGCGGCGAAGAUGAAGUACGUGCCCGUCGCCGACGGCGACCCUUCCCCGAAAAGGGGGCGCGGAGAGGGGGGUGGAGGCGGAGGAGGAGGGGUGGGCUUCGUGGUUUUUCCUCGCGGGGACGUGGCGGUGAUGACCACGAGUCAACCCGCGGCCACAGCCAGCAGCAGCAGCAGGACCCCUGGAGCGACGCUAAAGACGGCCAUCGACAAGAGAAUCGUGAUCGUCGCUUCCAACACCAACAUCUCGUUCUCCACCACUCCCGCCAGAGAGAACGCCGCCGCCACCGGCGCCGCCGCAAGGCCGCCAUACGCGGCCCCCGUUCCGUCGGCUCUCCGCCCCCCGACGUCACGGCCGGGCGACAUCGGCUUCUUCCGGGGCGGGGUUGGCUUCCGGAUGCGCCCGCCGCCGCCGACAUCGGUGGCAGGAGGAGGAGGACCGACGGCUGGGGCGGCGACAUCAGCAGCAGCAGCAACGGUGAUUGCUCGGGGCCGGGAUGGCGCCGGCGCUGCGGGAGGGGUUCAAGGAGCGGCCGCCUUGACUGCUGCCGCGGCGGCGAAAGUACGGGGCCGCGCCGCUAGUAGCAGCGGUAGCAGCAGGGCCAGUAUUCGAGGGAGUGCGCGACAGCGGCGGGGCGGGGCGUUGGCGGCGUGCAAGGAAGCGGCCGGGUCGAGGGGUAACAAGGAGGAUGCCUCGGCGGCAGCGGCCAUCAUGGCGAAGCUUAAGGGAGGCGGCGGCGGCCGUGGAAAGGGACAAGGGGGCGGCGGCGGUGGCGGGUCUGCUGCUGUCGGGGGUGGCGAGGAUGUUGAAAGCCUGCAGGAACAGGUGGCGUUGCUCAAAGCGGCCGCCGGUUUGUCCGACGAGGAGCUCACGUGGCGAAUGGAGACAGCAAAACCGGAGGCGAACGCGUACCGCAUCGCCGCGGCGGCGCUGGAAAGGGCGGAGACGGCGUACGAGCGACUGUUGUGGCGUCAGGUGAGGUGGAAAGCUGAGAUUGGGGGCGGAAAUGACCUCCCCCCCCCC